UUCGAAACGUUUCAAAGCAUUUCACAGAAUAUACGGUAAAGUGAAUUGAAUAGAAUAAUGUAUUACACCCUGGCACAAAAGGCUAUGCAACCAAGUUGUUCGCUAAUUUAUUCUCUUUUUAACUCCAGACAAAGGAAAAAAGCACAAGAGGAGAACAUAACAGCUCCAUAUUACAGUUCUCGAGUUUAUCUGAAUUCUAACUGGCUGAAGUUCCAAUUAGCAAUUGAUCGCGAUGCACUCUAUCCUCGAUCAGACCCUCUUAUUGAUCGUCUCGUUGAAGAUCUAGCAGGUCUUGGCAUUACUGAAGCUGAUCACACUGCUGAUGAAAAGGCUUUAAAUGGAAAAUGUGACUGCAAGAAAGUUGUGAAGCCGAGUGGGAUCCAACUGAAAAUACUCCUGAAAUUUCAGAACUUUGGAAAAGCAACGUUCAAGCCUAUGAAGCAGAAACGAGAAGAAGAGACUCCAGAAGACGUUUUCUAUUUUGUCGACAUUCAACGGCACAAUGCAGAAAUAGCUGCUUUUCACUUGGACAGAAUUCUCGAUUUUCGUCGCGUUCCUCCGGUUGCUGGAAGGAGACUUAAUGUAAGCAAAGAAAUUCGAGACCUGACAAGGAACGAAGACUUGAAAUCCACAUUUUUCGUCUCACCAGCCAAUAACGUUUGUUUCUUUGCACGGUGUCCAUAUAUGUGUAAGACGGAGUAUGCAGUGUGUGGGAACCCAGACUUGUUGGAAGGGUCGAUAUCUGCCUUCCUCCCAGAUCUCUACCUUGCCCCGCGAGAAUUUAUUCCACACCCAUGGAAAAGAUCCUACACUUUUGCUGAGAGAGAAGAGUGGGAAACCAACCCAAGAUAUUGCGAGAAAAUUAAACACACACCUCCGUACGACAGAGGCACCAGGUUACUGGAUAUCAUCGAUAUGGCCAUAUUUGAUUUUUUAACAGGAAAUAUGGAUCGACAUCACUACGAGGUCUUUGCAAGAUUUGCAAAAGAUGGUCACAUCAUCCACUUUGACAACGCCAGGGGGUUUGGGAAACAUUCACACGAUGAACUCUCCAUCCUGGCUCCCCUGGCUCAAUGCUGCAGGGUAAAGAAGUCAACACUGUUUCGCUUGCAGCUCUUGACACAAGAAGAAUACAGACUGAGCGACAUGAUGCGGGAGUCCCUCCUUGGUGACCGUCUGGCUCCCGUGGUGACGGAGCCUCAUCUGCUUGCCCUCGACAGGCGUCUGCGUGUGAUAUUGGACACAGUCCAGAAGUGCGUGCGCAAGCACGGGCAGGAGGACGUAAUCGAGAACGACAUGGGACAUGUGUUUGACGGCGUGAACUUGAACAGCACAUCGACGUCUAGGUAGCUGAUGGACACCUUCCCUGCCAUCGUCGUAAGCAGCGUGGAUCAUAAACCAAGCCUUGAGGAGAAGAGCUGAAUCCUCCAUAUUUAAAAGGAAACCUCGGUUCAAGCAGCUUUGUGCCAGUACCAUUUUUUUCUGAUGACACGGUUAACCUCCAGAAAUAAAUGCAGUUAUCCCGCCUCGAGAGGCCACUUUCACCAGGUUUAUACCUGCCCCCACAUCACAAAACGUUCAGUCGCACGACUUCCAAAAUGUUUCAUCGUUUCUGAAUCAGAUUCUGCUAUGUUACAUGCCUGCACUGGCCUCCCUGGUCUGUAGCGUGGUAUUGGCCUGAGUCUACAAGGGGAGCAGCUCCUGUUUGGCAGUGCAUUCGAGAAAGAUGGGAGAUGAUUAGGGAGAACUGAUUUUGUCCAUCUCCCGCUCUCCUACAGAUGGUCACUUCACUGGUCACUCUAACCAUCUCUCAUCUAGCUUGUUCUUCUUGCCCACAUAAUGUUAAAGAAAAACUUGCAUUUUGGCAUGGAACACUUUAUAUCGGGGUGGUUGGCGCAACGUCUCAAAGCACUUCACAGAGUUUACUGUUAGGAGUAGUGACUGUUCAUUUAGUAGGCAAAUACAGUAACCAGUUUGGACACUGCAGCAUCCCACAAGCAGCUGCGAAUUGAAGAGGGUGAUGUUUUGAUUGAAGAUUUUUAUUUUUAAAGCUAACUAAAUAAGUGAUUUUAUUUCUCAUCCUCUCUGUGAGAAGAACUUUCUUUCUUUAUUUAAAAAUAUGCAUUGUUAAUAUAUUUAUCAGUGUCAUUUUGCUGAUCCUGGCUGACCUUUCACAUAUGAUCAGAAAUUCACUAUAUUCCCUAGGAAAUCGAGAUCACAGUUGUCUUAUCCUGCUUGAAACUGAAGACAACGUCCCGUGUUGUAUACAUAAAAAACUGUCAACACUCGAAUGGUAUGAGGCAUGAAGGCACUUUGUUUCCUUUCCCUGUAGGCAAGUCAGGCCACAGUAAGUGACUGGAAAUCAGGUUCACAGUCACACCAACCAUGAGCUCAAAAGAAGGGAAUAUUUGCUACAAACUACAAUCAGACCAGUUAAAUAUAGCACUUAUUUACACACUGCAAAUUUUAAUCAAUACACAUUAUGAAAAAAAGCUUCAAACCCUUGGAUGGAGAUUGACAGUUGCAGUCUGGUACAGAUGUUCAGUACUAUGUAUUAUACAGCAGUUGGAUGACGGUUACUCAGACGUCUGAUCUCUGAUUCAGUUUGAAUUUUCUGAUGCCUGCUUCCCGUUCAAGGGCAGGCAGGUGAUGGGUGCACAUUUGGUGAACGCAUCAAGCAGUUGUCACUGAGACAUGUACAACAAUAACAAUAAUAAUAAUAAUCCUUAUAAUCCUUGCAUUUGAUAUAGCACCUUUUCACGUCUUCCAGACAUCUCAAAGUGCUUCAAAGAAUAUACUGUAAAGUGAAUUGACUGUAUGUAUUGUGGGCAAACCAUAAAGCAGCAGAUACAAAUGAGGUGUCAGCUUUUAUCUGGGUUGGUGCCUGUAAAGUAUUCUUAAUACAGCCCAGGAUUAUUAAUACAGUUCAGUAUCGUUAGUGCAGUACAGUAUUAGUGCAGCGCAGUAUUAUUAAUGCUCUAUAGUAUCAUUAUGGCAAUACAGUAUUAAUGGUAGAGUAUUAAUAGUGCAGUACAGUAUUGAUGCAAAUUCUGGCCCAACCUCUACUCUUCCAGUCUUAGAGUGUUGCUUUUUAUUCAUGUUGAACACAUUUUAACUUGUCCAACAAGAAUAAAAAACAAUGCUCCAAGAUUGCAUUACGGAAUUUUUCAGUAUCAAAUGCAAAAAUUAUUAUUAUCAUUGUCAGUGAUUAAAACAUUUUAAAAAAAGUUAACUUUUGAAGACUGAAAAUGAUCAAGAGUCAAUGAUCAAAUGAACUAUUUGGGAGAAUACUUCAAAAUUUAGAACUCAUCUCUACCAAAACUUAUCUAAUAUUAAACUAAGGUUAAUAAUAAUAGUUCAGUGAUGAAAACAACCGGUAAUAGCUUUCACAUUUCAUCAGAGAAAUAGGAAAUCGGAGUCAGAAAUUUUAAAAAUUGUUCUACUAAAUGUAAUUCAGUAUUCCUUGUUAUUCAGUAAUGACUGCAGCGAAAGGACUGGCACAGUGACAGUGUGUUGAAAUUUUACUCUGGUAUGCUGCAUGUCUGUGCCAGCUCUCCUUAUUUGUGCCGUGAUUUUGGCUGAGACCUAAUCUGGUGGAUCAUGGGAGAAGCAAACAUCAUCUGAACAUCAGACUCCUCUUACAGGGCUAGUCUGUCUCCAGCAGUGGGCAGUGUACCUCCUAGCAUCAUGCUAACUUCAUAGGACAUUUGUUACCAAAUCAAACAAUUAAUGCUGCUCAACGUUUUGACAAGAAUUCCUUAUACGUUACGAGUUCUUUCGGAAUCUUUGCAAUAGCCUUGUUCUUCUUACCGUACAGGCAGUGCAACCUUCAAUGCGUAAGCAAACAGAAGGUUUAUUGGUGAAGGGAAUUAAUAAUGAUCACAAGAUGGCAAGAUUGCUCUGGAUGGAGAAUGCCCAUCACCAUUUGAUCUCAUCCCUUAAGAACACCCACCCUACCGUCCCCCCAGCCCCCAUCACUGCAUCAAGCUGCUUUUAAAUGAAUCUCGAGUCCAGGCUUGUACCACCUUUCCUGGGAACCUGUUCCAGUCAGAUUACUCUCUGCCUCAAAACUUCCU